CAUUGCGCCUAUAUCCGUAAAAUACCGCUCGAGUAAUUAACCUGAAUUGUGUUAGUUAAUUGUCUUGGACGCAUGGUGCCCGGAGGCGACAGUCUUUGUCAUCGGUGCCUAGAACCAGCCGUAUCAAGCUAGAUGUUUUUUUUUUUUUUUAAAGAAUGCAAGUUACUUGGAUAAGAACAUCUGCUAAAUACCUAACAUGUAAAAAUGCACAUCACGUGUCAUGCACAGAUUGAAAAAGCACUGACAUCCAAAGUCCAAGCCUCGGCCAGGUUCCUAAUUUAAUCAAUCGUGUUUGGUGAUCCUUUGGAGAACUUCAAGCCUAUUGGAAUUUUUCGGAAAAUCUGAUGUGUCAGUCCUACUCUAAUAACACAUCCUUUUAGAAAUAACUUGUUAAACUUCCAUUUCACAUUUUGUGAAGUAUGACGUUUCACGAAGUUAGCUUACAGAAAGAGGUGCAAACAAGUGUGCGUGAAUACGUAAACGAAGAUUUUAAAACUGGCCGCACCUACGACCGCGAAGGUGGGUGUGCGCAUGUCAGGAGGCGAAUGCGGUACUGAAAACAAGGAUCGCUGGAGAGACAAGGCGGUGAGCCGGUCAGACCAAACAUUCCACCGUUGAACGAAAAAUACAUCUUAGCCAGUUCAAGAUGUGUUGAAGCCCUGUGGGUGAGACUGCAGGUGGUUGUCUGAAGCUGAGCUUCUGCAGGUAGUGCUGGGUCCCUGAAACUGACGCCUUCUCCUCUCCCUGCUGCACCAUGGUGCUGUCUCAGAGACAGCGCGACGAACUGAACCGUGCGAUAGCGGACUAUCUCCGCUCUAACGGCUAUGAAGAGGCUUACUCCGUCUUUAAGAAGGAAUCUGAGAUGGACAUGAAUGAAGAAUUGGAUAAGAAAUAUGCUGGACUUUUAGAGAAGAAAUGGACCUCAGUCAUCAGAUUACAGAAGAAGGCGAUGGAGUUGGAAUCCAAGCUAAAUGAAGCGAAAGAGGAGAUCACUUCGGGGGGGCCCAUCGGGCAGAGGAGGGACCCUAAGGAGUGGAUCCCCCGCCCCCCGGAGAAGUACGCCCUCAGCGGCCACCGCAGCCCCGUCACGCGCGUCAUCUUCCACCCCGUCUUCAGCGUCAUGGUGUCUGCCUCCGAGGAUGCCACCAUAAAGGUGUGGGACUAUGAGACGGGGGAUUUUGAGCGGACACUGAAAGGGCACACAGACUCUGUACAGGACAUCUCCUUUGACCACAGUGGCAAGCUGCUGGCCUCCUGCUCCGCUGACAUGACCAUCAAACUCUGGGACUUCCAGGGGUUCGAGUGCAUCCGCACCAUGCACGGGCAUGACCACAACGUGUCGUCUGUUGCCAUCAUGCCCAACGGAGACCACAUAGUCUCUGCCUCCCGAGACAAAACCAUCAAGAUGUGGGAGGUAGCAACGGGGUACUGUGUGAAGACGUUUGCGGGGCACAGGGAGUGGGUGCGCAUGGUGCGGCCCAAUCAGGACGGCUCCCUGCUGGCCAGCAGCUCCAACGACCAGACGGUGCGCGUGUGGGCCGUGGCCUCCAAGGAGUGCAAGGCGGAGCUGCGGGAGCACGAGCACGUGGUGGAGUGCGUGGCCUGGGCCCCCGACAGCGCCAAUCAAACCAUCCUGGAGAGCACGGGGUCAGAGGUGAAGAAGAGCGGGAAACCUGGCCCCUUCCUGCUCUCAGGCUCCCGAGACAAAACCAUCAAGAUGUGGGACGUCAGCACGGGCAUGUGCCUUAUGACUCUGGUGGGCCAUGAUAACUGGGUGCGUGGUGUGCUGGUUCACCCUGGAGGCCGGCUGGUGGUGAGCUGUGCUGACGAUAAGACUUUACGGAUCUGGGACUACAAGAACAAGCGCUGCAUGAAGACGCUGUGUGCCCACGAGCACUUUGUCACCUCCCUGGAUUUCCACCGGUCAGCGCCCUACGUCGUCACCGGCAGUGUAGAUCAGACUGUAAAAGUUUGGGAAUGUCGCUGAUCAUCUCUGCAAGACCACGCCCCCCCUUCCGCUGGCUGCCCCCAGUCCCCAUGGUUACGCCCAUCAAUCUGUUUAAAAUAACUAUCGUCCUUUUAUGUAAAUUAUUCUGGAUGUAGAUUAAGCUAUUAAAUGUUACACAAAAAAAGUA